CGGUAAAUAUUUUAAGUUUUACCAUAGACGAUUUUACUUAAGAGAGAGCUGUUACUUUUUAGUUUAAGUUCAGUAUUUUAUGGCGAAAUUAAUACAUUAUAAUAGAAAAGGAUCAAUGACUGUGAAGUAUUAAAAAUUUAUAAUUUGUAAUUGUUCUCUUAAAAAGAAGUUACUUCAAUUUUUUUCAUUCCAUAAAACAAAGAAAUAGUCGUCAAUUAUGGUUAUAAAUGACUGAUAUCUUUAAAUAAUUUAUAAAUAAAUAAAUAUAUUUAGAUCUUACAAAUGGACAAUAUUCAAUCUGAAAAAAUAAAAGAUGUACAUAACAUAGUCGAUAGUAAUUUACCUGAAGUUAUGGCAGGCUUAGAAAUGCUAACAGUAAAUGCAAAUUUAUCACCUUCAGAAAACAAGCAAAGACUCAGAAAAAGAAUACCUGCAACUGAAUCUAAUGAGAAUCUUAAUAGAAGAUGCAGUUUGAGACCAAGAAAAAGAACAUGCUCAGAAAUGGAAGAUAGUAACAGAAAAAAUAAAUGUCAGACAGAAGAAAUUGAUUGUAAAGAAUAUUAUUUAAAUAAAAAUUUAAAAAGAAGAUUAAAUAAUUUGGAAACAAUUUAUGAAGAAAAAGACGAAACAAGUGAAUGUAUUACGUACAUGAGUGUGAAGAGAUACAAACGUAUGAUCCAAUUCCAAGAACAACCUACAGAUAAUAAGUUAAAGAAAAGAAGGGCAAAAAUUAAAAAAGUAUUUGGGUCAAAAAUCAAUUUCAAACGAAGACGUGCAUCUAUGCAGAUGUUGCUUGAUAAAUUAAAUGGUAUUAAAGUAGAAUCACCUGCAAAAGUUGAAAAUGAGAUAAAGUAAGAAGAUGUAAAAACAUUAAGUU